AUGGAAGUCGCCACUCAGUCGCAACUGCUGGAAAACGAAGUAGACAACAUUUUGGGUCUUUCCGCCACCAACCAGACGCAAAAACCUGCCAAAAAGAGGAGCGGCAAAUCCGCAGAUGCCAAUGCAAAUGCCACGCAACGCGCGCGCCGCUCCGAGAUUGAGAAGAAGUCGCGCCAGCGGCGACAGGGCUCGAUCAAGGUGAUGCGAGACGAGGUGAAGGCACUCGAGCGCGAGUAUUUGCGACUGGCGUCUCGCGGUGCAAAUGCGUCGAGUGACGCCACGUCGGAAGAAGACGCUAGUGACACCGACCAGCACGAGCGUGGCAUCCUGUUGGACCCGACGCAGGUGCAGGCAUUGCGUAAGAAAUUCCUGCGUCUCUCGUCUGAAGCCGCAGCACUGCGUAAGGAACAGAAACAGCUACACAAAAUCCUGAACGUGCAACAACUUUUCCGUGACUCGUUCCAAGCGCUCGCUGCCGAGUUCACUGGCUCGGACAGUGAUCCGAGGUUGAACACCGUGUACCAUGCGCACUUCGAGCCACUGGCACAUGAAACGUGCUUUGCCAUCAUGCGCGACUCGUACGACGUCAUCACGCGGUUCGAAGCGGGUCAAGACUUCGUUACGACGGGAUCAUCACUCUUUGGCUGGAGUGAUCGUCGCCGUCUGGACGACGACGAGUCUAAAAUGGUUUUCUGCUUCCGCAAAUUGUUCGAAGACCAGAGUUGCGAGAGGCUCAUGGAGGAGUCUUGGCGCACUUUUUCGGACCUGGAGUUCAUGCGCCGAGUGGUGUUUUCGUCCAAAGUGGGUCUAGAUCUCGAGAUUUUGCAGGUGGUGAACCGCGACGCGCUGGUGGUGCGUCGCCACACCAACUAUCGCGAAAUGGGGCGCAGUUUCCACACGGUGUACCUGUUGUUUCGCCUGCAGACUGCCAAUGGCUACACGGUGUGUUUCCGCACCAUUCCGGCGCCCGGGAUCCAACAGGCUCUGGGGGAGGGAGAGGCGUGGAUCGAUCUCUUCCAUUGGACGACGCUGUCUCGUGUGCCUGAUGCGAACGGUAUGCUCACGGGCUGCGAGAUCUCGUUCGGUGGAUCUAUUGGCGCCGGUGUCAUGAACUUUGCGGCCCACUGGAUGCUCGAGCUCAUCAUGACGGUUGUGCGCUGGGAGAAUGCGUGUGUCGCGCCCCUCUUUAUCAAGUAG